AUGGGGAAAAGGAAGAACAACAUCAGCGGCAUCAGCGGCUUGUCUCGCUUUCUCGCUGAGGCAGCAAAAUCGGAGUCCUCUGCUGAGUCCAGCACCAAAACUAGUAGUCCCUCGCAGCUCGAGGUGCGACGCUCUGGAACUGUGGCUAUCGCGGUUGCGGAAUGCGAGACGGAAACAGUGCCGGACGUGCGGCCGGUGAAGAAAGCGAGGCUACAAGCGGGACUCCUGGGCGAAGGUCUGGAGAGGUACGACGCGACGGGCCUCGCGCCGUUUUACACGGAGGCAUCUCAGGUCCCUGAACAUCUGCAGAAAUACUUCUUUCAACGGGAACGUUAUUUCUCCAUGUACGAGUCCGGGUGCCUGCUCGAUGAGGAGGGCUGGUAUAGCGUCACGCCAGAGCGCGUUGCAGACCAGAUUGCGGAGCGGUGCAGGUGCGGUGUCAUCUUGGACGCGUUCUGCGGCGUGGGAGGGAAUGCGAUCGCGUUUGCGCGCACCUGCGAAAGAGUAAUUGCGAUGGAUAUAUCGCCAGUACGGCUCGCGCUUGCUCGUCAUAACGCCGCACUCUACGGUGUGCAAGACCGCAUCGAGUUCAUUCUGGGAGAUUUCCUAUCCUUCGCGCGAACACUGCAAAACGGCUCCCAGCGACGUAAGAUUGAUGUUGUGUUCCUCAGUCCUCCGUGGGGAGGCCCAUCGUACAUCGCGGGCUCCCCUUCGAAAUCACAAGCUGCUGCGUCAACUCCCAUUUUGCCGUCAUCAGAGGAUGCCGAGGGCGUUCAUGCAGAGUUCAGCUUGUCGAGCGUCGGUCCAAUACACGGCCGCGACCUCUUCCACGUCGCAAGGGGAAUAAGCAAGAACAUCGCGUACUUUUUACCUCGAAACACAAAUCUAGACGAAAUCUCGCAGCUCGUGGCAGAGAACUCCGGGGAUGGCACCGGCAGUGCGUUCCCGUUGGAAAAGGUCGAGGUGGAGGAGGAAUGGAUGGGUACGAAGCUGAAGGCGCUCACCUGCUAUUUUGGCGGUCUGGUUGCUGGGCAAGAGGCCAUGUUCGAGACGUAG